AUGUCUGAUGAACUUGAAAUUUCGCAUAAAGAGGUAGCACACUGUACACCUGAUUAUCCAAAUCUGGACAAUGAGUGUAAAAGCUUAAAAAAUCUCACAGAACUUCAAAUCAAAUGUACACAUGACUAUGAUUUUGGGUUAAAUGAUUACAUCAGGGUCGAUAAGAAGAAGACAUUACAUUUUGCGUUAUCAAAAUCCGUGAAGCAUAUUUAUUUACUACGAGUUUACAGAAAUAUGUGGAACAACGCCAUUUUAAAUGUUUUCUUAAACAGACUAGAACAGCUGAAAUCAUUUCACAAAGAUUUGAAUGGAGAUUAA